UGGCACUACAGCGUGUGCGCCGUGGAAUGUGCUCCGACUUGAAACACGCUGCUGAAACAAUACAGAAAGCAACACCAAAUAAUUAUAGUACAUUCCGUGGUUAAUUACGUUCUCUUGAGCUCUGGAUAUUCUUACAAAAAUGGAAAACGUACCAUGUCUUCGUGUCUCGCAGUGUUGUGCACAGCAGAUCAGGACAUAUUUACAGUCUCAGCAUGUUUUGGACACUAGUUUCCGUCUAUGUAAAGACACAGAUGAGACUAUUUUGCUGCCUAUCUUGCCCAGUAGUAUGUCACAAUUAGACACGGGACAUCUCCAGUCCACUGUGGCAUCUGGCAGCAUAUGUGAAAUAGUCUGGAGCCAGGCUUUUAAAAAUAAGAAAAAACAAACAGUUGGAAAUAAAUUAGAGGUAGUCCUUAAGAAGCUUUUGGAGUCAGCUGGGGAAGAAUGGACAGAGGAGCUUAGGAGAGACCUCCCACGUGGGUUUGAGAGACAUGGAGACCUUAUACUACUUGCUGACAACUGUUUCUCGCUGUCAAUAUGGAAGAAAUCUGGUUGCACUCUAUGGAGCACGGUGGCAGCUGUGCUUGGAAGUGCUCGACUUGCAAAAAAGAGUUGUGUAUCCAAUAAUGGAUUUAGGUCUCCUGUUGUGACGAUGCUUCAUGGAGAGCACAGCUGGGUGACGCAUGUUGAUAAUGGCAUCAGGUAUGAUUUUGAUGUCACCAGAUGUAUGUUUUCAUCAGGGAACAUUACUGAAAAACUCAGAGUUGCCAGAUUUAAUUGUAAAGGAGAGACUGUUGUGGAUUUGUAUGCCGGAAUCGGGUAUUUCACAUUGCCCUAUCUGGUUCACACUGGAGCAGCUCAUGUUCAUGCCUGUGAGUGGAACCCUGAUGCUGUUGAAGCUUUACGUAAAAACCUAAAAUUAAACAAGGUGUCUGAGCGUUGCACUAUCCACCAAGGGGACAAUAGACAUCUCCAGCUGUCUGAUGUUGCUGACAGAGUAAACCUGGGACUCAUACCAAGCUCUGAGGAUGGCUGGCUUGUUGCCUGUCGACUGCUGAAAAGAUCCACUGGGGGCAUUUUACACAUUCAUCACAAUGUUACUUCUCCAAUGUCCAAUAGUGACACUUCCCUGGACAUCCGCAGUGACACUCAGAGGUUUUCAGUGAAGAACAAUGACAGAGGAGCAUGGCAGGUUUGGGCUGAUAGCACAGCUCAGCGCUUUAGCUCUCUCCUAAACGACACUACUGGGACAGACUGGAGGACACAUGUCCAACACAUAGAGCAUGUGAAGUCUUAUGCUCCUCACGUCCAUCAUGUUGUCUUGGACCUGGAGUGCAGACCAUUGUUAGGGGAAAACACACAACAGAGAUGAAGAAUGGAAAGUGUAUGACAACAGAUGAUUUAAAAAUGAAUUUAAAAUAAUUUAUUCUGUGUAAUUGGUGUCA